CACCUAAAAAAGUUUCAUGAGAUGAGAAAAACUCAACUUCUAACAUUGUUACUAGGAGUAUCUUUAUCAGCAUUCUUGAUAGUAAUCUUCUUCAUUGUCUUCUUCAUCUUCUUUAGAAGAAAAGAAUCAUCAUCUAUUGACUCAGAUCAAUACGACGUCGAAUCACUCGACCACAACAAACAAGGAUUCUCCACGGAAACAGAGGAACUCGUAACCUUUCAAGGCGGAGAAGAUCUCACGAUCUGCGAUAUCCUCGAUGCUCCCGGAGAAGUCAUCGGAAAAUCAAGCUACGGUACUUUGUACAAAGCGUCUCUACAAAGAAGCGGCAAGAUUAGGGUUCUUAGAUUUCUUAGACCGGUGUGUACAGUGAGAUCGGAUUCUAAAGAGUUUAAUGGCAUCAUCGAGACACUAGGGUUUGUUCGACAUGAGAACUUGGUUCCUCUGUUAGGUUUCUACGCUGGAAACAGAGGAGAGAAGCUUAUGGUUCAUCCUUUCUUCGGUUCCGGGAAUCUUUCCGACUUCAUCAGAAGUGGAGAUGAUGAAUCAAGAAAAUGGAUUAAUAUUUUAAGAAUCACAAUUGGAAUAUCUACAGCUCUUGAUUAUCUCCACACAGGAAUGCAGAAACCAAUCGUCCACGGCUAUCUGAAGUCCAAGAACGUUCUUCUGAGUUCAAGUUUCGAACCUCAAAUCUCUGAUUUCGGUUUGCAUUUGCUCUUGAACCUAGCUGCAGGACAAGAGAUUCUUGAUGUGUCUGCAGCUGAGGGAUACAAAGCUCCUGAGUUAAUAAAGAUGAAGGAAGUGAGCAAAGAGAGUGAUGUGUAUAGUCUUGGUGUGAUCAUGCUUGAGCUAGUCUCUGGGAAAGAACCGAUAAACGAGAAUCCAACGGGCGAUGAUGAGUUCUAUCUUCCUGAUUUUAUGAGGAACGCUGUUCUUGAUCAUAGGUUGUCUGAUUUAUACCGUCCUGAGAUUCUCAGGAGUGAUGAUAAUCUGAGUGAAGAAUGUGUUCUCAAGUAUUUUCAGCUUGCAAUGUCUUGUUGCUCUCCUUCGCCUUCUCUUAGGCCAAACAUCAAACAAGUCUUGAGGAAACUUGAAGAGAUUGGGAAAUGUUAGUAAGAUUUGAGAAUGAUUGGCCACAUUUGGUUUUAGAGGUAAAGAUCACAUCUUUUGAAUAAAAGCUUUUUACAUAG